AUAGAAACCACAAAUCACCUCGAAAAACGAUGAAUUGAACUUGAAUCGGAGUGAAUUCGCCGCUGCAACUCUUCCCUGGUUUCGCCGGCCUGCUGCGCGUGACGGAGGGACGAGGCGAGGACGUCGGUCCGAAUCCCUAGCGUCGACGGCGACGACAGCGGCGAAGCAACCCUUAAAGCGUAAGAACCGAGAUAAUGAAUUGGGGGAAAUCCGGUAGGUUUAGAAUUUUACGUGGAGCAAUUGUUCUCUUGUUGGUGUCCUUCUUGGGAGCCAUGGAAGGGUUGCUAGGAUUUGUUGCAAUAUAUGAAUUGGUGUAUGAUGAGCUUGUGUAUGAAUUCUAUGAUAAUCUCUCGUGGGAAACUAAGGAAAUUUGUGAAUGUUUUGAUAUUGUUGAUAACCGUGAUGGAUUUGAAACGUAUGAUAGGAAGGGUUGGGGCAUCAAGGGUGAUACUCUAGCUAGUUGUAUUGAUAAGCUACACAAUGGAGUUGAAUAUUCCGGAAUUGUUAGGCCUAAAAGAGAAUUUUUGAAUGUUAAUCAACAAAUUCUUUUGAAAAUCUUAAAAGAAUGUCUUUUGCCUACCGGAAGCAACGAUUCCAUUGUUCGUAUGCUCGAGUGUGCCAUUGUCUAUCUCUUGGAAGUGGAAUCCCUUGUUAGGUUCCCUAUGAUGAUGAUGAACCAUAUGUGGAUUCACAAGGGUUAUGGACAACUUCAAUAUGAAAUGGCGUUGACCAAAGUGUUCCGAAGGGCCAAAAUCAAGCUUGAAAAAUACCAACGAAGGAACUAUGAGUACAAGAAGAUGGAUGCCACAAGUCUUCGACGGUCAAAGAUCUUUCAACACUUUGACAGAUUUCACACCAAAGCUUCCUACAACCGAAUUUCGGUAGGAGAGAGAAACCGAUGGAGACGUGAGCACAUUUUAAGUAAAUUUGCAAGUUCUUCCUCUUCAAAUCCCUGUCCAAGCGUUGAAGUUCCUCCACGUACUUCUUCCAUGCCUCGCUCCCGUUCUACAAAUGCAAAAAUCGAUCCUUCCUUGAAGAAGUACAUGGAUGAGAAGAUAGCCCAAAUGGAGGAAAGCAUCACAAAGAAGAUAUCCGUUGUAAAAUCUUCAUUGAGACGGUUGGAGAUAGCCGUGGUGAAAUCUCCGGAAGCAGUCAAGGACAUCCGUGAAAUCCUUGUUGAGACGGCGACAUAUGAUGCGAUGGAGCAGGUCACACAACGGGAUAAUGUUCAAGCAUCCGAGAAGGAGUUGUACUAUGCCUCAGUUGAUGGACAUGAUGCUAAAAAACGUGUCUUUGGUCUAGGAAAGAUGUCCAAGACCAUGCGUCAUGAGAAAUUGACUUCCAAGCGCCGUCGUAUGAGUACGAGUUCUGCUGCUGAAUCAUAUGCUGCCUCUCAACUGUCUAUCGUAGAAUCUCUUAAGGGAGAUAUCAUCCAGAUGCUUUGUGAACCUAUUGCCCAAACAAUCAUGGAAGAGAUGCAUAGAUUGUUUGGAGAUCGCUUUCCCCGUAGAGAGGACGGAGGAGAUGGUGGUGGAAGUGCACCUCAAAGUGAAGAACUAAGUUAUGAGCUAGUGGGUUCAUCUAUGUGCGUAAUUGAAACAUUAGUUCUUUCUCACUUAGCUUCAAUGCUGAGCGUGUAGCCCCUUUUUCCUAUUGCUACACGUAGCCUCUUAAUGGUUCAGAUGUCUGAAUGGUUAAGAGAUUUGCCUCUGAAUGGUUAAGUAUUAUACAGAGUCUGAAUGGUUAAGAGCUGUUAUCUGAAUUGAUCAGACAUUUGCCUCUGAAUAGUUAAGCAAUAUACUAGCUCUUAAUGG